AGAGGUCAGGAUGUGAACGCGCUCUCGGAGCCGGAGGCUGAGGAACGGCACACAUGGCGACGACUGAUAGGCUCCGCUCGUGAGAGAGUCCAGGGGAGGCAGCAACCGGCACAGGUGUAACAUCAAGAAGGAAGACUCAGUCUUUGGAAGUGGUAUGCCUGGUUCAACAAAAGCAACUGAAAACCGACUGCAAAGAGAGUUUUUAAAACAUAGAAAUCUGCUCCUGUACAACUACAUUAAGAACAACUGAACAUUUCCACUUGACUAUCUGAUCAGAAACUCAAGAUCAAGUGGAACAUAUGAUUCCUUUAUAUUGAAUUUAUGAAGCUGAAAGUGAAAGCUCCUCAAUGUAUAUCUGAAGAUGAGGCGAUUAAAUAAGAAGAGAGCAUUGAAUUUAGUGAAGGAGCUUGAUGCCUUCCCCAAGAUUCCUGAAAGUUAUAUUGAAACUUCCGCAAGCGGUGGAACAGUUUCUUUAAUUGCCUUUACCACCAUUGCUCUAUUGUCUAUUAUGGAGUUUUUUGUGUAUUGUGACACAUGGAUGAAGUAUGAUUAUGAAGUAGACAAAGAUUUUGCCAGCAAACUGCGAAUCAAUUUAGAUAUAACAGUUUCAAUGAAAUGUCAUUAUAUUGGUGCAGAUGUCCUAGACUUAGCUGAAACUAUGGUGGCAGCUUCAGAAGGGCUAAAAUAUGAACCAACUGUUUUUGAAUUAUCUUCACGUCAAAGAAUGUGGCAAAGAACACUUCAAAAGAUUCGCAAAAAGGUGCAAGAGGAACAUUCUCUUCAAGAUCUUUUAUUCAAAAGUGCUUUUAAAGGUUCCCCUACUGUAUUGCCACCCAGGGAAGACAAAUCAUCUUAUCCACUUGAUGCCUGCAGGAUACAUGGACACUUGUAUGUCAACAAAGUAGCAGGAAAUUUUCACAUAACUGUGGGCAAGGCGAUUCCUCACCCUCGGGGUCAUGCACAUAUGGCUGCUCUCAUUAGUCAUGAUGUGUACAAUUUUUCACAUCGAAUAGAUCAUUACUCAUUUGGAGAGCCAAUUCCAGGACUUAUCAAUCCACUGGAUGGAACAGAAAAAAUUGCCAUAGAUCAUAAUCAGAUGUUUCAAUACUUCAUCACAAUUGUGCCAACAAAACUUAAUACCUACAAGUUCUCAGCAGACACUCAUCAGUAUUCAGUCACAGAAAGGGAACGUGUAAUAAACCAUGCAGCAGGCAGCCAUGGCGUUUCAGGUAUUUUUAUAAAAUACGACAUCAGCUCCUUGAUGGUUACUGUGACUGAGGAGCACAUGCCUUUAGGACAAUUCUUAGUGAGGUUGUGUGGAAUUAUUGGAGGAAUAUUCUCAACAACAGGCAUGCUACAUGGAUUUGUGGGAUUUUUUGUUGAUAUUAUCUGUUGUCGUUUCAGACUUGGAGCUUAUAAACCUAAAUCUAUCCCUGUACUCGAUGGCCACAUGAAUAAUCACUCACUCCCAAUUUUAGAUGAUGUUGAGCAGUAACAUCAAGCAGAGAGAUGUUCAAGGAAUAAAAGCAAUUUGGUGGAUUUUUCCCUUAAUUUUAAAUGUGCAAUAAACAUUUUUGGGUUGCACAGCCCUUGUUUAAAUAAAUCAUUAGUUAAAUUCUAGUCUCUUAACUAUUUCAAUACCAGUCAAGACAUUACAUGUCAAGUCAUAACAUUACCACUAUCUCAUGAGCUGGUUAUUGAAUAAUCCAGUGUCGCCUUUGAAAAUAAAAGGGAGAACAAUCAGUAUUUUGUGGACAUACUUCAGAUGAGAGAACUGGAAAUCUGGUUUGUGAUUUAUUUACACAAUACAAUGUAAUUUGUUAUGUUAUAAAUCCGCCAAAAGGAUUUGUUUCUACAAUUGUAUGUGAAGUUCAAAAAUGUGUGUAUGCAGACAGGAUUGUACCAGAAUCUUUGUUGCAUAAUAGGAAUGAAUGAAUGAAUACAGGGUGUUGUACUGUGCAGGGUAAUCCUGUCACAGAAUCAUCUGUGUUAAGAAUAAAAUAUUGGAAGACACCCUAAAGUUUGACUGCGUAAAGGCAAUAAUGUUAAUAGUAAGAAUAAACAUUAGGAGCUUGUCGUGCUCCUAAUCUCUCCUCUUUUAAAGUAGUUUUCCUUCUCUUGUAUUGGCUAAAAAAUUCUGUAAGUUUCUGAAUUGAGAAUCUGCAAUUUAAAAUUUCAGAUGCAUUGGUCUAUCACUGACCUGUUCUUCUGGUUAUGGCUGCUAAAAGCAUCUCGUUCUAUUCAUCCAGUUGAAUUAGAACAGCUGCCUCUGAAUUAUAGAUUUUUUUUCUACAUGUGUCUAGUGUUGUUUAUUUUAAAAAUAAUGUAAGAGUAGGUUGGUGAUUCAACAAUGCAUGUUUGUUUUGUCGGGGUUCUAGCUCUUUGUAUGUAUGUGAAUCUUCAAGUAGCCAUGAAUCAGAUGCUUAAGCAUUUGCAUUGAUACCAGUGUGCAGUCCCUUCAGUCAAAGUUAGGAAGCAGUCUAUUUAGUUACCUGAACAGAAAAAUAGAUAGUGGUAAACUAAACAUAAUGUGCUGUACGAACAGCAGUGAUUGUGAGAUUGCAAAACAUGGUUGAGCCAUUGUAUUCUGCAUAAUAUUAUAAAAUCAGGACUAAACUCUCGUUUUAUUAAUUCAAGUCACAGAUCAACCUUUGUAAAUGGGCUAUCAUUGUCAGUUUAGAGCUACUUUCCCUUCUUCACAAAGAAACUGGCUGGUAUCAGUCAUAAAUGAUAGUAUAUUUGAGACUCCAUGUUUGUCAUGGAAGCUCAAGCACAUUUUACUGCUGUAUCUAAAAAGAAAAUCUGUUCAACUUUGUAAUUUCCAGUUACACAUUCUUUCCAUUCUACUUUGUGAUACCUGUGAUGAAUAAAAUUAAAUUUUGCACAGAUAUAAAAUAACUGUACUGCAGGCUUUAGUAAUAGCUGGUAUUUAAUAAAAUUACAAGAUUAAUUUUGGAGAUUAUAAAGUUAUUUUGGUUUAGUAUGGACUGUUGUCAUGGGAGAAGUUAUAAAAAUAAUGAAGAAGAAUAUAUAUAUUUUUAGCUAGCAAUGUUAAUUAUGCAUCUUUUUUUGGAGUCAGCAUAGUUUUUAUACAUGAGUAAUCCCAAUACAACUCAAUCUUUGCUAUUUGUGCAUUAAAUCAGGACAUAAUGACGAUAUUGACACUGGAACAUAUGAUCUGUACAUUUUGCCAAUUUUAAAUCCUGCAUAUUUCCAAUAUAGAGCAGGGACACCUAUAGGAUUUCUGUUGAGCUGUAGUUGAAAUAGCAAACUUAAGGCUUAUUUUACUUUGUCCUUCAUGAAGUGUAGGCUUAACUGAUCACUCCUGCAAAUAUUACCUAAUUGGUGCUAUUUUUGUGUUUCAAAUAAGAAAUAUUUUUCAGCAACAAUUUGUUUCUGGUGCUGUUUUAAUGCUGAAUGAAAUGUCUUAAUUAUAUUCAUUUUAGAAGAAAAUACCCAUAACGUUCUGUACAAGUAUACUUAACAGAUUUUUUUUUUAAAAAACUGUCAGUGGAAUGCAGUAAUAAUUUUUCAAAAUAUGUCCCUAAUUCCUGCAUCCAAAGCAAGACAACAUAUUUAAUGGUGGUGUAUGCUGAAAGUAACAGGAUAUCUUAAUUCUGGCUUUGAUGUCUGUGAUGCUGGAAUGGCACAAGAAGUUUUGAAAAUGUACCAUUUCUGACUUUUCAAUUUAACCUGCAAUAUUUGGUAGGUGCACAAGAUGUUUGCUUAAAUACACAGGCAUUUCAAAAUGUAUGCAAAUUCUGUUUCUAUCAGAUAAGUAGUAUAGCUGAAGUGAGUGUACUUGUUCUUGACAUUAAGACAACAUUUGUGUAUGACACCAAGAAUCCUUAGUAGAAUUGAAAUUAGCAAAGAUCAAAGGAUGUAUCUUUAAUGACUAGUUAUCUCUGGAACAAAGGAAGAUGGUGUGGGUUUUGGAUGCCAAUCAUGUCAGCCCCAGAACAUCACGACGAAUUUUUAAGGACGAACUCCUAGUUGCUUCAGUUCAAAUGCAGAGCUGUUCUGGUUACAGUCUCCAGUUGCAUUUUAAACUUUGCAUAUAAUCAAACAACCCAUACCCACAUGCAGGAAGACCUAAAUGGCAUACUUCAAUUGAUAAGUGGUAAGUAGCAUUCAUGCAAAACAAGAGUUGGAAAUGACUGCAACAAGAGAACUCCAUAAUCACUGUCAACUUACCAUCCCUUGCCAUCAUCAUUCUGAGGCCACAAUUGACCAGAAAUUCUACUAGAUUUGCUACCUAAAUGCUAAACAGUGGCUAAAUAUACUGAAGCUCAAUAUGUAAUUUACCAAAGGUAUUCCAGCACUUCAAAGGCAAUAGUCUAAAAUGCUCUUCACUUGGACAAAUGGGCACAGCCAGAACAACCUUCAAAGGCAAAGUAUCACAACAUCCAGUACAAAAGAGUGCUUGAUUGGUACCACUAAACAUUCAUGAUUUGUACACUUCGGUUGCAGUUGUAUCACUUAACAAGGUGUGCUUCAGCAAGACCUCCCAAAUUCAUGGCCACCACAUUGAAGGACAAAGAUAACAGGUGAAUGCAAACAUCACAGACAAUUCUAAACAAACCAAGCCAUGACCUGUACAACUAAGACCAUUCCUUCGCUGUUUUUUUGGCUAAAUCCUGGAUGUCCCUAUCUCAUUAUUGUAGAAACAUCUUUGCCACGUAGACUGCAAUAGUUCAAGAAGAUAAUCAACCAUUACUUUUCCUAGGGCAAUUAAAAAUCAAUAAAGGAUAGCUUUACGAGUAACACCAAGCGUAAGUAAGGCCACAGUGAAGUUUUAACUAGUAUCUGGGCUGGGAAGCAGAAGUUGGUUCACUGCUAAUCCGAAUACAGAAAAAGCUAUUUGAGUCUGAAGGUAUUUGUGGAGGACAGGAGCAAAAUGCUCCAUGAGGAAGGGUACAUUUGCUCUUGCCCUCAUUCCUUUCUUUUCCUUGCCACUAACUUGGAUGGUGGCACAAUUGUACUCAAGUUUGCUGUCACUCAUCUAAUGUAAUCUUCACACUGGUUCUCUGAGAGUUCACAUGGCACUUAAACGAGACUUGAGGGUUAAAAUUUGCAUGACAUCGCACUACAUCAUUUCUAGAAACUUGCUUAAAAUUCAAACUGACUUCAUGAAUUAUUCUGUGGUAAGGGAGAAGGAUUUUCCUUGAUUUCCUUCUUCCAUCCAAUUGGAAGAGCAGAUAAAAGAUGCCCUUGGGUUUUUACCAAUGACUUUUCUCCAGAAGACUGCUUUGAAAUAUCUGUAGAUUAGUGGCUCCUAAAGAUUAGACAGCUGUAGUAGGCACAAGCUUACAUUACACAACUUGCUGGAAUCCAGUCAAUCACCACCAUAUUGCUACCUCAUUUUUAUAGCUUAUUAAUAAGUAGUUUUGGGGUUAACAUUAGCUUAUAUUAAAUUUUAUCUUAUUUGUAAUGAGUAGUUGUUAAUCUUUGUCAUGAAAUUAAUUAGAUUGCACAUUUUAUGGCAUAUACCUGCUUACCACAUAAAUUGUAACAGAUUAUGAUUUGGGGCAAAAGGGUCUUUUAUAGAGUGGCGGUGCAGUUUUUUCUGAAGAUUUGACGGAUACUUAGCAGAAUUGCUGUUUUUGAGUUGUUUAAUGUGAUACAAGUUUUGAAACUGUUCGUUAAUGUUCGAUGAUCACUACAAAAAGAUAUUUUAUUUUGUUUUAAUUUGAAUGCAAUUAAAGAAACAUCUCCCAAACAAAUGAGCAUUUGUGCUAUUCAUUUUAAGUAAACAUGAUGGAGUUUGGAAAUAAUAGCCCUGAUAGUUACUGAAGCAGGGGUGAGAGUGGGUGUCUUGUAUGAUUUCAGAAUGUUCAACAUAUCUGUGGCAUUUUAAUUCAGCCAGAUCAUUAGGAUUUUACUUCCAAGUUCAGUGGAUAAUGAAUAGUAGCAGCUGUGAUGAGGAUCUGAAUGAAAAUUAUCUCGAUGCAAGUAUUUAAAGGACGAAACGCAAGAUGCAUCGUAGAACAUUUGGGAAUAUGAUGAGUGUUUGUUUUUAAGUGAUAUUUCCCAUAGUGUAAUGCUGGGGCUUGAUGACAAAGAGAUAAUCUGUUCAAGCAAUAGGAUGAAGAACCUGGUGAGAUGUGGCCUAGAUGUUGGUGAACAGGAACAUAGUUCUUCCUAUACUCUGCUGUCCAACCAGCCAUACUCAUGGAUUCAAUACAGGCAGUGCUUUAAUAACCCAAUAGGAAAG